AUGACAUGGACAGGCUGCCAACCGCACUGGUAUACAUCGUCUACGUUAGGAUGACCUAGGCCUACGCGGGUCAUAAAAGCCAAAACGUUAGCCAGUCAUGGGACAUGCAGGCGAGCGGAAGUCAUGCACUUCGCAUCUCGGCCCGUAAGCCUUGAUUGAACGACAUUCAUGUGGCUUAGUAAAGCUCAACACAAUGUGAUCCACUUAAGGCAGGCGCUUUAGGCACCAUUACUUGGUGCGCGUCGAAAAACACAGCCAUCGCCACCUGCUGUGAAGCAACAGAUAUAUGUAUACAAAUCAUACAAAUUGGACGAAAGCCUGAAGCGUUCCAGGCUGCAGCUGCGAAUCAACACAGUCAACUACAUUGCAUAUGCCCACAUGGUCCAGCCUUGGAAUUUUUGCUUUGUGUUCCUGCACCCCAGCUCUGUGCUGCUGGAGCGCAAGCCCGACUGCCUGGUGUUCAACGAGCUGAUGCACACCACCCGCACCUACGCCCGAGACGCCACAGCCAUAGAGGCGCGCUGGCUGCCCGAGCUGGCGCCCGCCUUCUUCGCAGCCAAGGCCAGCGCCGCCACCGCGGGGGUCAGCGCGGCCGGGGCGGCGCGGUGACGAGGCUGAGGGGGUGAGGGGCUCGCAUGGGGUUGGUGGCACCAGGUGCAGCGCACUUGCAUGGGCCGUGAGCAUAGCCGCGCGCUAUGGGGUGAGGGCAGGGAAGGGUCGGAGGAGGAGGGGAGGAGAGGCAGGAUGCAGUGCGACGGUCCGCGGCGUUGCGGGCGUCGGCUGGUUGCGUGCGGUGUCGGGCAGUCUGCCGGGUGGACGGUGGCUUCAUGCCAGUGUGCGUGGCAGCGUGGCGCGUAGCAAGUGGCGCCUGAAUUGUCAGGGCGCAGGCUGUGGCCGUGUACAGUGUGGGCAUGCGCGGUGUCGGAAUGCGGUCGACCUGCGUGUUCAGCCGUUCAGCGCCCACUGGCUAGCGGCUGGCGGCUAGCGGGGCGUACAACAUCUUCGGUCCAGAUGUCACAUGCGUCGCCAGCUCCAUCAGUCCAUCGCAGUUUGUUUGCCCCGAGACCCCGAGACCCAUCUGCCGAAGGCUCCUGAAUGGCGGGAUGCCCUCUUGGGCUGCCCCAACACGCGAAAGGCUAUGCGUUGUGCUCCCCCAGGAACCUAGGUAAGAAUGACAUGGACAGGCUGCCAACCGCACUGGUAUACAUCGUCUACGUUAGGAUGACCUAGGCCUACGCGGGUCAUAAAAGCCAAAACGUUAGCCAGUCAUGGGACAUGCAGGCGAGCGGAAGUCAUGCACUUCGCAUCUCGGCCCGUAAGCCUUGAUUGAACGACAUUUAUGUGGCUUAGUAAAGCUCAACACAAUGUGAUCCACUUAAGGCAGGCGCUUUAGGCACCAUUACUUGGUGCGCGUUGAAAAACACAGCCAUCGCCACCUGCUGUGAAGCAACAGAUAUAUGUAUACAAAUCAUACAAAUUGGACGAAAGCCUGAAGCGUUCCAGGCUGCAGCUGCGAAUCAACACAGUCAACUACAUUGCAUAUGCCCACAUGGUCCAGCCUUGGAAUUUUUGCUUUGUACAAAAUAGCUCAUACUCU